CACCUCAUUAUAGAAUGCAAGAUCUAAAGCCCAAUAAAAGGAAACGUCACCUGAUUGACAAAGGAGGUGCAGACAAGUUAGAUUCCUGUGGUCGAGGGAACUGCAAAUCCCCCGGUGUGGAAUGUUUCUCUAGUGUAGCAUGCAGUGUCAGUACUAAGAGCGCACGCUGGUAUCACGUGUCAGAUACCGAACAUUUCUGUAAUUCCUGCUUCGAAUACUUCUACCGCCCUCAGAAGAAAGGUUAUACAAACUAUUUUAAUUGGAAGUUGAGAUGGCAAGUUAAUAGUCAGUGCGAACCUGGAGUUAAACUCUACUUUACAGAGGAGGUACUACCAUACUGGAUCAGAUGCAGUGAGUGCAGGAAAUGGAGAAAAUUAGAUCAGGAUAAGAAACUAGUAGAAACACCCCAAGAUACUUGGACUUGUUCUGAAAAUAAGGGAGGUAGCUGUAGCUCAGAAGAAGAGCCCCAAGUAAAGCUAGUCAGUGGUUCAGGCUGGCUGGAGAGGUUGGGGGUUCCACCCCUUAUCAAGAACUCCCCUGCUGAACCAUUCCUUGUUCACUAUUACAGUGAUGGUGUGGGUAUGAGUGCCAGUAUGUACCAGCAGCCCAAGAGGAACGGUCAUGACUCCGAGGAAUUACUGGCUGAACCUGUUGUGCUAGAUGGACCGCUGGACUCCAACUUCAAGCCGUUUAACCAGCCUGGCCAGCAGGGUAAAGCUCUCUGUUUUAGACCUGACAUUAUGGAAAUGGAUGAGGAGAGGACCUUCCCAGAGUUCAAACGGUUUCAAGUAUUUUAUCUGGCGCUAAGGAAUCUGAUUCUAGCACUGUGGAACAUCAACCCUAAAGAGCACCUGACAGUAGCAGACGUUGAGAAAGCAGUUAUUGUACGAGGCAUGGUCAGAAUCAGGUACAGUCUAGAAGCACUGAGAGUCCUCUCCUUCCUUACCCAGCGAGGUAUCAUCAACACUGGCAUCCUCCCCCUCAACAUUAACCCUGACCUCCUCAUCAUCACACCCAAACGUAAACCUGAGAUACUAGUAGUGGGGGCUGGGAUCUCCGGGCUGGCUGCUGCUAGACAGCUCACUAUGUUCGGGUAUAAAGUGAAGAUAUUCGAGGGUAGAGACCGAGUAGGUGGGAGGAUAUGGGAUGAUCAGUCUCUGGGGACGUGUGUAGCUAAAGGAGCGCAGAUUAUUACAGGAUGUAUCAACAAUCCUGCCACCCUCAUGUGCAAACAGCUUGACAUCCCGCUACACGUGAUCAGAGAUAACGGAUGCGAGCUGUUCGAAGAGAACGGAUGUCCGGCAGCACCCGACCACGACCGGAGGACUGACUUUCAUUUUAACGCUCUGCUCGAUGCUGUAGCCGAGUGGAAGUUGGAGAGGUUGAAUUUGGCUAAGGCUAAGAAUGUUGAAAAUAGGGACAGUGAGAAGGGCGAGAAUUGUAACAGGAUGUCCCUAGAAGACAAGUUGAUGGAACUUCACAAACUGUCAAUGUCACAAAACAGACAAGUAUUCAGUGAGGACGAGAAGAGGUUGCUACAGUUUCAUCUUAGUAAUCUGGAGUACGCUUGUGGAGCUCCUAUUGCUAAGGUUUCAGCAAUGUGGUGGGACCAGAACGAGGAAUACUCUCAGUUCACUGGUGACCACGCUUUCCUCUACAAAGGAUACAGCCUCUUAGCUGAUGCUCUUGCUGAAGGGCUCGACAUUCAACUCUCUGAAGAGGUUACGAGGAUAGAUUAUACUGGUGACAAAGUAUUAGUGAAAACUCCUAAGGAUGAAUAUUUAGCUGACAAGGUAAUAGUUACUCUGCCACUAGCUGUCCUCAAGAAAGAGGUUGUAUCAUUCAAACCACCUCUCCCAGAUUGGAAACAACAUUGUAUCAACCGGAUUGGUGCUGGGUGUAUUGAAAAGAUUGCUAUGAAAUUCACCAAGAAGUUUUGGCAGAGUAAAAUUAAAGGAGCAGACUUCUUCGGACAUGUGCCUAGUAGCGAGGAACAUAGAGGAUUAUUUGCUAUUUUCUAUGAUAUGAAUACAGAGGUUAAAGAAGGACCCUAUGUGUUGAUGAGCAUUGUGACAGGGGAAGCCCUGGAAUUCAGAAACAACACAUCAGAUCUCAACGUCCUGAAGAGCUGUCUCCAGCUGCUCCGAAACAUGUUCGACGACGUUCCAGACCCGGAAGAUUUCUGGGUGACAAGUUGGGGCAGGGACCGGUUCUCUCUGAUGAGUUACAGCUACAUGGCUAUAGGCAGCAGCGGUAAAGACUACGAUCACCUGGCUGCUGAUGUCGAGGAGAAGGUAUUCUUUGCCGGAGAGGCAACGAACAGACGCUUCCCACAAACUGUUACUGGAGCUUACCUCAGUGGUAUCCGUGAGGCUUGCAAGAUAGUCGAGCGUGGCUAUUCCUUACCUGAAUACGAGGAAAUGAAAGACGACAAGAAAUGACGUAUCAGUGUGAAUCUUUUAGUUGAAUUUUCCUUAAACUUCCAUUAGCUUCGAAGACCCCCUAUAUAGCUAUUCUGUUUAAGGCUUGAAUAUUGGAGCCAGAAAGAAAGAACAGAAAGAGAAACAAGCUGAAGAAUUUUAAUGGGCUUAAUUUAAACGUUUUUAUUAUUCGUAUUUAUUCUUAUGGAUCAGGACAUGUUGCUGUUAGAAUUAUCCACGGCUCGAAUUACCAAAACCAAGAAAAUUGUCAAUUAUGUUUUCGUUGGAUGUUGCUACUGAUAAGAUAAUGAGUUACGGUAAGUCAUGCUAUGGUCUAUGACUGCUGACAGCUACUCACAUAAGUUAUAUCAUUAGUUGUUCUAAGUCGUUUAAAAAUACUAGUUUCGCCUUACCGCGAUUAAAUCAAAUAAGUCCUGAAUCCUCGAUAUAAACAAAGCACUACGCAUAAUGUAAUGUUAGAUGUUUUGAUUGAUGUUAGACAUUUGUUCGGAUAAAUUUAAGUAUUAAAUAUCAAACACAAGGAAAUAUUUUAUGCCAGCAUUUAUAUAAGAAUUAAGAGACCACAAAUUUUAGCUUUGCGCAGUGGCAUUACCAUAGUCAAUGAGGUCCAACCGAGACGUGGUUAUUGCUAGUUGAAAACUAAUCCCAAUAUCCCGCUAUUGCGAUCUUUCAUUAGAGAGCUCUAGCAAUUUUUCCUGGGCUGCUGGUCAGCCCU